UUUCUAGAGUCCCCGUUACAUAGCAAUUACAAUGCGGUACGAUGAUGAUGAUAUGAAAUUGCAAGUUUCUCCUUCUCCCCUUUUCCGACAUUAACACAACACACCCACACACAGAGAGAAAAAGAGGGGAUCCUUCAUACAACUUGCUUCUCUUCACGAUCAAACCAAAUAUUAGGGCACAAAAACAUCGACAAACCAACGAAAGAGCGAACAAAACUUACUGAUUCUCUAAUCAAUUUUCGUCUACGCAUUUAAUUUCCCUGUUCAAUUGAAGCAAUUCAACCGUCUUCAAUCGCAUACGGAAAUCAAAAUUUCUAGGGUUUUUGUUUUGCAAUUAGGGAUUUAGAGUGGGUGUUGGAUUCAGAUGAAGGAGCCGUUGAAUCGAACCAAAGUAGUGGUUAGGCACUUGCCCCCUUCUUUAUCUCACUCAUCGUUUUUCGAGCAAAUCGAUGGCCGCUUCUCUUCUCGUUACAAUUGGUCCUCUUUUCGCCCUGGCAAUUCCAGUCACACGAACCAGAGGUAUGGUCGGGCUUAUGUGAAUUUCAACAGUCCUGAUGACGUUUUCGAGUUUGCUGAGUUCUUUAACGGCCAUGUUUUCGUCAAUGAAAAGGGAACGCAAUAUAAAGCUAUCGUGGAAUAUGCUCCCUCUCAACGUGUCCCUAAGUCUAAUGCCAAGAAAGAUGGUCGAGAAGGGACGAUUUACAAAGAUCCUGAGUACCUGGAGUUUCUUGAGCGGAUUUCGAAACCUGUUGAGAAUCUUCCUAGUGCUGAUAUACAACUGGAAAGAAAAGAAGCAGAACGAGCUGGUGUUCAAGAGGCACCUAUUGUCACACCACUGAUGGAAUAUGUGCGAAGAAGGAGAGCUGCCAGGAGUAGCAGUCAGCAUCUAGGUUCCGACGGUAAGAGUGGUGGAAGGUCUCUUUUAGCAUCCUCAGGGAAGUCUCGAUCCAGCAAGCAAAACUCUGAGAAGAAAAAGUAUAUCUUGAAAAAUAAUGGGAAGAGCACAAAUGGGAAAGAGAAAUCAACAUAUAUUCUUGUGUCUCAGAGGGAGAACGAAUUGGAUGCUUCCAUUAAAAAAGAGGUAUCAGAGAAUGAAACUGGAAGUGGCUUGCAUGAUACAACAAAGAAAAGGAUUCUGCUUUUGAAAGGGAAAGAGCAAGAGCUUUCUCAGGCGUCUGAAGGCUCCAUUCUGCCCAAGAUUGUAACCUCACCUGCUGAAGUUUCAUCAUCUCCUUCAGUUGGUUUGAAAUUGAAUCAGAGGCCUGAUGCUAGUGGAAGAAUUAUCAGAAGCAUAUUAUUAAACAAGGAACCUCGUCUGAGUCAGUCAUCAUCCCAGGCAGAGCAAAAACUUCAGGGCUCAACUGCAGAAAGGAGCAAGCGGCCACCACGCCCGUCCAAUAUAAAAGCUGGAGUGCCAGCCUCUGUUGGUGAACAGUCCCCAUCAGGUUCAGAUUAUGUAGGAAAGAGGGCUGGAGAGGAUAAAUCUUCUGGAAGGGAGCCCCAUGGUUUUGGUUCUGCUCGGGAGAAGCAAGACAGACGUACAAGAAGUAGGGAGAGACUUGAUCGCGGUGUCUGGACUCCUCGCCGUUCUGAUUCUUCUCAUACUGGUGAUGAGAAUCAAAGUAAUAUUUCAGAUUCUUAUGAAGGUAAACGUGGAGAAUCGAAAUAUGAUACAUCUGGUCGCAGCACGGACGCUGCUACUCUUCCAGGUGGUCGCAACAGCUCAUUUGCAGAAAAUGGUUCCCAUAGGAAUUUUGGUCGUCGUGGUCCUGCACAUAGUGCCAAGGAUGAUGUCCCGUCCAAACGAGGAGGUGCUGUUGGUCAUGGUCUGCACGAGAAGCAAGUGUGGGUCCAGAAGUCAGCCUCAGGUUCAUAAGCAUGUUUGCACAUGAUUUUUAUUUUUGCCAAUCAACUAUGGUGAUGAGAUUCUGCUGGAAUAGGGGUUAUCAUCUUUUGUGAAUACUGUCUGGCUAGCUGUGGACUGAUGGCAUUUUGGCUGUUGGAGCAGUGUCUAUCAAUCACUGGAAGAGGUCUUCUAGGAUAUUAUUUUGAAGAGGGCUUCAGCUGUUUGGGGUAUUGCCACAGGAGGGGUUAGUUGCCGCUCAAUUGGAGAUGCAAGCAUCUCUUGCAAAAUUGAGAUGGACCAAAAUUGAGAAUAAAGCUAAUAUCAAUGCUGGUUGUUAGGCAGCACGGUAUAGGUGGCCUCUCUUACAGGUUUUCUGCUAGUGUGGAGAAUUUCCAGAUAUAUGUGUUCGACCGCUAUCGUGACGCCUGCUCGGGUUGUAUAGAGCAUAGUCUUGACGGGUAAAGAUUAACUGAUUAAUACUGUAUAUACUGUGGAAUCUCGACAUUAAGUUGUGCAGCAUAUGGUCUUCAAGUUCGACUUCCUAGCAGGAUAUCCUUUUGGUGUUCUAUUGUUGGUGACUCUAAACCUGUAUUUACGCCUUUGGGUGGUGACACUUAUACACAGUGCUGCUAAAGCUAGUUUACUGCUGAUAUGUGGACAUUGGAUGUUAGUAAUUUAGUAUAGCUAUGUGACUGUCUGUGUUGACAAUGCAGUUAUAGAUGAAAUAUGGGUGUUUUUGUCCAAGUAAUCAUGUUUGUUUGUUCGUUAAUGAGAUAAAAGUGUACAAGUUUUUCAA